AUGGAUUCUUGGGACACUGCGUUAGGAGUGGGCACUCUAGAUGCCUUACCCACCUCCCUUCUCGCGGUGGUGGCUAUUACUGCCGCCAUUUUGGGAUAUGGAGCGUGGGUAGUAGUCUAUAAUCUCUACUUCAGCCCACUAGCAAAAUUCCCCGGCCCCAAACUCGCAGCAUGCACCGACAUCCUCAGUCUAUAUUGGACCUCAACGGGACAAAAUCACUACAAGAUGAAAGAGCUCCACGACAAAUAUGGUGAUGUCAUUAGGAUGGGCCCUACUUCUCUAAUUUAUCGGAGCGCCCAGGGAUGGAAGGACAUCUAUGGCCAUCGCAAAGCAGGAAACGGGUCAUUUCUCAAAGAUCCUCAGUUCUACACCCGCGGACCGAACGGACCUAAUCUCCUGAAUGCCAACGACGCUGACCACGCGAGGGGAAGACGACUUCUAUCCCACGCAUUUUCCGAAAAGGCCCUGAGAGACCAGGAGAGUCUCAUCCAGUCCUAUGUGGACUUAUUGGUGGAGCGACUGAACGGCGAAAUCAACGCUUCACGAGGAAUAGUCGAUAUGACCCAAUGGUACAACUUCACCACGUUCGAUAUCAUCGGCGACCUAGCCUUUGGCGAGCCAUUUGACUGCCUACACAAAAGCCAGUACCAUACAUGGGUGAAAAUGGUCUUCGUGAGCGCCAAAGUAGCAGCUGUCCUCCGACCGCUACGCGUAUACCCCUUCCUAGCCCCGAUCGUCCGAAUGAUAGUACCGAAGAGACUGGUUAAAAUGCGAGAAGCACACUUUGCAUUGAGCGCAGAAAAGGUCCGCCGUCGACUAGAGGCUAAGACCGAACGACCUGAUUUCAUGACUUAUGUCCUUCGUUUCAAUGACGACCGGGCCAUGAGUAUCCGCGAAAUGGAAAGUAAUGCCGCACUACUGAUUCUCGCCGGCAGCGAGACUACCGCCACACUGCUCUCGGGCUUUACCUACUAUAGUCUCGCGAAUCCCGCGGUCUGGAAGAAGCUGAUCGACGAAGUUCGGGGAUCGUUUACGUCGUACGAUGAUAUUGAUUUCCACGGUGUGAGCCAGCUGAGCUACUUGAAUGCAGCGCUGGAGGAGGCUCUGCGGGUUUACCCCCCUGUUACGGCGUUGACACCGCGAGUAGUACCAAAGGGAGGCGCAGUGAUCGAUGGCUCGUUUAUACCGGAGGGAACGUCCGUGUCUGGACAUCAUUAUUCAACGUACCAUGCCGAGUCGCAUUUCGCUGAGCCGGACUCGUUUAUUCCCGAGCGAUGGCUUGAGAGUCGAGACGAGCGGUUUGAAAAUGAUAACAGGUCGAUACUAUAUGCGUUUUCACUCGGGCCUCGGAAUUGUCUGGGGAAGAAUCUUGCCUACGCCGAGAUGCGGCUCAUUGCGGCCAAACUUCUAUGGAGCUUUGAUAUGACCCUGGAAGAAAGCUCAGCUGGUUGGGAAAUCCAGAAGUCAUUCAAUUUGUGGGAGAAGAAUCCACUUAUGGUGAAAUUAUCACGAGCGCAGCAUAGUUUUGAGAAGUGA